CCUGUCAUUUCCACCACUAUCGCGUAGAUGACAGAUGACUUUAGCUAUUCUCAUGCACACACCAUUUCCCGCUCAAUCUCCGCCGCUCCCACGCGCCACCGCCAUCCUCCUCCUCUCCGGCAAUGUCAAGACACACCAAACCCACUUCGCAAUCCUCGCAUUCUCCUCGCCGGGGAAUCACAUCUGGCGCCGACACCCGCCCCCCGCCAGCGCCGCCGCUCCGCUCCCGCCCCACCGCCGGCGGCACAGCUCCGCCUUCCUGGACCACAGCGUGGACAUGGACGAGCUCCUCUCCUCAAUCCACAGCACCUCCGACGAGCACCAGCUCUUCGCCCUAAUGUCCCCCUACAAGGACCGCAGCCUCUCCACCCGCUUCAUGGUCUCCCUCCUCUCCCGCGAGCCCGACUGGCGGCGCUCCCUCGCCCUCCUCGACUGGAUGAACGACGAGGCCCGCUACACGCCCUCCGUCUUCGCCUAUAACGUCGCGCUCCGCAACGUCCUCCGCGCCAAGCAGUGGGACGUCGCCCACGGCCUGUUCGACGAAAUGCGCCACCGAGCCCUCUCCCCCGAUAGGUACACUUAUUCCACUCUCAUCACUCAAUUCGGAAAAGAGGGCCUCUUCAACGACGCACUAUCGUGGCUUCAGAAGAUGGAGCACGAUCGCAUCCCCGGGGAUUUGGUCUUGUACAGCAAUUUGAUUGAGUUGUCGCGCAAGCUCUGUGAUUACUCCAAGGCGAUCUCAAUUUUUACCAGAUUGAAGAAAUCGGGCAUCACGCCUGAUCUCGUAGCCUACAAUUCCAUGAUCAAUGUUUACGGGAAGGCGAAGCUUUUCCGCGAGGCGAGGGCCUUGAUCGAUGAGAUGAGGCAGGCGGAAGUGAUGCCGGAUACAGUCAGUUACUCGACGCUUCUAACAAUGUACGUUGAGAAUCACAAGUUUCUUGAAGCUCUCUCCAUGUUCUCCGAGAUGAGGGAAUCCGAUUGCUCGCUUGAUAUAACCUCGUGUAACAUAAUGAUCGACGUCUAUGGGCAGCUAGACAUGGCGAAGGAGGCGGAUAAGCUGUUUUGGAGCAUGAGGAAGCUCGGGAUUGAGCCGAAUGUGGUCAGCUACAACACUCUCUUGAGAGUCUACGGCGAUGCUGAGCUGUUUGGCGAGGCCAUACAUUUGUUUAGGCUGAUGCAGAGGAAGGGGAUCGAUCAGAAUGUUGUGACGUACAACACUAUGAUCAUGAUCUAUGGCAAGACGAUGGAGCACGAGAAGGCCAAUAACCUCAUUCAAGAGAUGCAGAGCAGAGGCAUUGAGCCGAACGCUAUCACUUAUUCCACCAUAAUCUCGAUUUGGGGGAAGGCCGGGAAGCUAGACCGUGCUGCCAUUCUGUUUCAGAAGCUCCGGAGCUCGGGUGUUGUGAUUGAUCAAGUUCUUUACCAGACUAUGAUUGUGGCAUACGAGAGGGCCGGUUUGGUUGGGCACGCCAAGCGCCUCCUGCACGAGCUGAGAAGGCCGGACAACAUCCCUAGGGAGACGGCCAUCCACAUCCUAGCUGGAGCCGGGCGGAUUGAGGAGGCCACGUGGGUGUUCAGGCAGGCGGCCGAGGCAGGGGAGAUCAAGGAUAUCGCAGUGUUCGAGCGGAUGAUGAGGCUGUUGUCGAAACACAAGAAGUAUGGGAAUGUGGUUGAGGUGUUUGAGAGGAUGAGGGAAGUUGGGUACUUCCCGGAUUCCACGGCGAUAGGGCUGGUGGUGAACGCGUACGGGAAGAUGCAGGAGGUGGAGAGGGCGGAUGGGGUGUACGCGGAGAUGCAGGAGGAGGGGUGCGUGUUCUCGGAUGAGGUGCACUUUCAGAUGAUGAGCCUGUACGGGGCGAGGAGGGAGUUUGCGAGGGUGGAGGCGUUGUUCGAGAGGCUGCUGAGGGAUCCCAAUGUGAAUAAGAAGGAUCUGCAUCUGCUUGUUGCUGCCAUUUAUGACAGAGCCAAUAGAUUGAACGAUGCAGCCAGGAUUAUGAACCAGAUGAGUGAUAGAGGGAUCAUGUAGUUUUGCUUUGGUGCAUAUGUGUUUGUAGAUAUUGUUUGUUUUCAUGUGUAUGUGUUGCUCUCUGCAACUUGUACUUAGAUUUUUUUUGUCAAUCCAAAUUUGAGUUUCAGAAA